CAGUUGUGGGGCAGAUAUGAUGAAAUUGUUGGAAGCUGCCCAUUCUCUGGAUCUCGACCACCGUGAUGGACAAAGUGUUAAGGAGAACUCCCGGAGGUUUGAGGACUGCUGCAUUCAAUAGCACCGACUGCUUCAACAUCGAGCGAGGGUCCACGGUGCUGCAGGGUAACAGUUUUGGAGGCAUCCCCACCGUUCUGCUUAUCUACUUCAUCAGUUUCUGGGUCUUGAUCUUGUUAUUUUCUAUACUGAGGAAGACAGCAUGGGAUUAUGGGCGCCUUGCCUUGGUCUCUGACACCUCAAGUGAGGCCGUGCGUUCACCCAGGAGACACACAAGACCCUCUUCAUUCACUGAACAAAGCAUCAAAGAUGCUGGUUUUUGUUCGUGGGUGACUAACAUCUUUACCAUGAAGGACAGUGAGAUGCGGGAGAACUGUGGAGAGGAUGCUAUCCACUACUUAUCUUUCCAACGUCACCUCAUCGUCCUGCUGGUAGCAAUAAGUAUCAUGUCUGUGGCCAUCAUUUUACCUGUGAACCUGUCUGGCAGUUUGCUGGACCGAAAUCCUCAAAGCUUUGGAAGGACGACAAUAGGGAACAUGAAGACCAAGAAUAACUUGCUGUGGCUUCACACCAUUUUUGGUGUGAUCUAUCUGCUCCUCACCAUCUUCGUCUUGAGGCACCACACUUCGAAGUUGCAGGACAGAGAGGAUGACGUGGUGAAGUGCACUUUAUUUAUUAGCAGAAUACCUGAGGUGGCCAGUGAGGAGAUCAUCGCUGGGCAUUUCCGUGAAGCCUACCCCAUGUGUACAGUCCUGGAGGUUCAACUCUGUUACAAUGUGGCUAAACUGACAGAACUGGAUGCUGAGUGGAGGAAGGCAGAACGUGGUCGUAGAUACUACACCAAGCUGCUCCAGAGAGAGGGGAAACGAGUCUCCGUUAACCCACGGCCCUGCGGACAUUUCUGCUGCUGCAGCUUCAAAGGAUGUGAGCAGGUGGAUGCAGUGGAGUAUUACACUAAACUGGAGGAUGAAAUGAUGAGUGAGUACAGUCGGGAAAAGGAGAGCUUAGACAAGAAAUCACUCGGACUGGCCUUUGUUACCUUUCAGGAUGAAGCCAUGGCAACACUUGUCCUGAGAGAUUUCAACACCUUCAGGUUCAAGGGCUGCAAGUGUCGGGGGGAAAUGCGGUCUUCCUGUUACAGCCAGAACCUCGGAGUUUCCAGGUGGAAUGUGGCCUACGCACCAGAUCCCAAGAAUAUUUACUGGGAGAACAUCUCCAUCCAGGGAAUUCACUGGUGGGGCCGUUGCAUCAUAGUGAACUUCCUCCUGUUUAUUUUGCUGUUCUUCCUCACCACUCCAUCCAUCAUGCUGUCUACCAUGGACAAGUUCAACGUCACCCAACCCAUCUAUUACCUCAACGACCCUGUCAUCAGCCAGUUCUUUCCCACCCUCCUGCUGUGGGCGUUCAGUGCUCUGCUCCCAACCAUUGUCUACUACUCAACCAUUUUUGAAGGCCACUGGACAAGGUCUUCAGAAAACCGUGUCACAAUGCACAAACUCUACAGCUUCCUCAUUAUUAUGGUGCUGAUACUGCCAUCCCUGGGCCUCACUAGUCUCGAUGUCUUCUUCCGAUGGCUGUUCGAUAAGAGUUUCCUUGAACGAGCCAGGAUUAGAUUUGAGUGCGUGUUUCUUCCUGACCAGGGUGCCUUCUUUGUGAACUAUGUCAUUGCAUCAGCCUUUGUGGGGAACUCCAUGGCUCUAUUACGCCUCCCCAGCCUGCUGCUCUACUCCCUGCGGAUGCUGAUGGCCAAAUCUGCAGCAGAAAGGAAAGUCGUCAAGCAGCAUCAAGCAUAUGAGUUUGAGUUUGGAGUGAAUUAUGCAUGGAUGCUCUGUGUCUUCACGGUGGUGGUAGCUUACAGCAUCACCUGUCCGACCAUUGUUCCCUUUGGCUUGAUCUACAUCCUACUGAAGCACCUAGUGGAUAGGUACAACUUAUACUAUGCCUACCUGCCUGCCAAACUUAACCGGAGGAUCCACGCUGCUGCUGUGAACCAAACUCUGGCAGCCCCCAUCAUCUGUCUGGUCUGGCUGCUCUUCUUCUCUGUGCUCAGAGGAGGACUGUCUGCAGCAACAUCAAUCUUCACCUUGACUGUGGUGCUGACUACCAUUGCUGUCUGCAUUAUUUCCAGCUGCUUUGGCUACUUCAAGUACUUCACUGUCAACAUGAUGGGUAAGAAAUUGCCAACUGAGAAAACAGAAACAGAAACAGAAGCCACAGCCCCUGCCUGGCAAUCAGAAACCUAUGUCCCAAGAGUCCUACGUGAACCCAAGUCUGAAAACAGCCAACUUGAGCACCGUGACCAGCCUUCAUAUGGUGCCUUGGAAGACAGUAAUCAGCUGAUAGAAGACAGGCCUCCCUUUCCAGGCAACAGUCAAGAUAACGAUCAAGUAUAUUUGGUGGAUACAGGAGCUACUGAGAUCUAGGAAAUCUACAUGUGAUUUAGAACUGGACUGGUCACCAUGUGGUACUGUUACAGCUCUGUUGGGGCACAAGAGGAAUGGAUAUUGUCCAACAGCUCAUUUACUUGCACUCUACCUUUUAAUAGCCUUGAUGAAUAGGAAAUUUUGUUUUGCUAAUUUCUUUGAAGUUGUUUUUUGAAGGGGUGUUUGGUUACAUCAGGUCUUUGGUGGAUAAUUGCCACUAUCAUGUGAUCUAUUUUAACUUAAAGGCUAUUAGUUCUAGGUUUGAAUCUGAUUUUUUAUUCUAAAACUGAACUUGAAAAGAAGUCACAGUUGAGUUCACACAUUGAACCUCAGCCUUCCACACACUCAUCCAAAGUUUAACAAAAGUUUAUUGAGCACUUCAUUCUAUACUCAGACAGAUGAUGACACGUGACAUACACUAGCAUAUAUUUCUCCUCCUCUCCUGCAGGCACCUACUCUUACUGGGGCUGAGGAGAGAAAAUGGAACAUUACUACACAGGCUGACCCAAGUCUUAGCUGAACAGCCACUCUUCUUUGAAAGCCUAUGAAGCUGUUGUCAGUUCAACAUAGAAGGCGGUAACUGAUAUUCAUUAAUGAAUAAGUGGUUCCAAGAGCGGGCAAGAGGAGAAAAUGGUGUGCUGACGUUUUCUUCAAGCUCACAGGUUCUGUGACUCGCCAGCUCAUUUGGCAAAAAGGUGGAAGCGUCUGAAUCUCUAGCUGUUUCUCAAGAAAAACGGUGUGGCAGAACCAAACGCUCCCUAAAAAGGUAAGGAAGGCAGGUUCCCUUUACAUUACUUCAAUGCCACCCAAACAAAGAAUUUCCAGCAUUACUUACACUUCUCAUACUUUGCAGCCCCUCUGAACAGGACUGUUAGUUUACAGAUGCACUCAUUUGGUUUUCUGCUAAUGGACUGUCUUGCUCUUCAAUUGUAACUGUUUGCAAAUGAAAUCUGCUGCUCAAAAAGAAACUUACUGGGAUGAAAGAAAUGGCUCUCAAAUCAAUUUCUGUCAACCAAGAGAUUGCCCACUAUGAUGUCAAGAUUGCCGGAAGUUAAAUUCAAUUAAUAUGUCUGGAAUAUAAAUCUAGUUUUUAGGGCGGCACAGUGGCUCAGUAGUUAGCACAGCUGCCUCUCAGCACCAGGGACCCAGGUUUGAUUCCCACCUUGGGCAAUUGUCUGUGUGGACUUUGCACAUUCUCAGGACUUAUAGCUGAAGCAGUAAUGCAAAGACUAGAAUGGACAACCCUUCCUACUAUCCAGCCAAAAAUACAGGUCUGCUACGUGGAUGACACGUGUCAUUAUCAAACACACAAAAUUGGAGGAAACCCACCCACUCAUCAACAUCCUCACUGGUUUAAAAUUCACCAGGGAAGAGGACGACAACGUGGUCGAACGAAGGGCCAAUAGUGAACUCUCGACCAGCUUACACAGGAAGGCCACAUAUACAGACCAAAUUCUUAACUACAACAGCAACCACCCCAACUCCCACAAACAGAGCUGCAUCAGAACUCGUUCAAAAGAGCCAAACACUCUGCAGCACCCUGGAACUGUGCAAGGUCAAAGAACACUUCCACCAUAUCUUUAAAAAUGGCUAGCCAAAAAGCGUAGUCUGUCAGUACUUAAAGGACAACAGAAAGACACAGGAUGCCUGAAUACACUAGUCACUCUCCCAUACAUCAAGAACGUAUCAGAGAUGACCAGACUACUAGGAAUCAUGGUAGCACACAAACCCUCAGCUACACUAUGACAACUGACAAGAACAAAAGGAUCCCAUACCCACAAUUAACAGGACCAAUGUUAUAUAUAAAAAUCCCAUGUAAGAACUGCCACAAACACUACAUCAGACAGACCAGGAGAAAACUAGCUAUCAGGGUAUGUGAGCACCAACUAGCUACCAAGAGACACAACCAACUAUCACUCAUUUCUAUACACGCGGACAAAGAAGGCCACCAAUUCGACUGGACAACGUAACCAUCCUAGAACAAGCCAAGUAAAGACACACAUGGAAAUUCCUAGAGGCCUGGUACUCAAUCCGGAACUCCAAACAUGUGGAGAUAGACCCAAUAAACCAACCACUACGAAGCAGAAUGGGAAAUGAGGCCAACCACCACAUAAAUAACAAGUGGGACAGACCAACAAUGCUUCAGAGGCGCAUUGAUGAUGUUACCUCGUAUGGUGGCGAAAUGUCUGCAAACCAACCUACCAGCUCUGCUAACAAAUCAACAAACCCUGUCAACGGAAAAUAGCCCAGCCUGUGAUUUUUAAAAAAUAAAAAUAAUGCUUCAAGAAUGAACCAGAAGUAGCUUUUCCAAUGGUUUCUCCUGAGUGUAGAUUGGUGAUGUACACAGUCUGUCUUCCUGUUGAUCCAAAGCUAUUCAAACAUAGCCCAGGUACUGUGCAAGGCACAUGCAACAACCUACCAAUUGAAAAACUUCUGAAACAAUGACAAACUUUGACUAGAAGUUGACAUUGCUAUAUAUUGGAAUAAGGCAACACCACAUUCGAGAACUAAUUUCCCGGGUUGAUUGGAAGGCAUUGUACAAGGUUCAUUUAGUCCCAUCACUUGAGCGGUUUUAGGUACACAACCACAUCUGCUGUACCAAAAUAUGCAAAUAAAACUUCUAUAACUGCAA